AUGCUGUUCCACUGUUAUGCAGAUGACACACAAAUAUACCUUGUUAUAAAACCGAACGAAACAUGGCCAGAUUUAAAAAGUCGACUAGAAACUUGUUUAGCUAACGUGAGAAGCUGGAUGUGCGCAAAUCUACUAAAAUUGAACCAGGAUAAAACUGAGUUUAUCGUUUUUUCACCAAAGAGUCAGCUUAAAAGAUCUUUUACACACCAACUUGAUUUUGAUGAUUCUGUCAUCUGUGAAUCAGAUUGUGUGAAGAAUCUGGGAGUGUUUUUCAACAAAUCACUUACCAUGGAGACUCAGAUUAGCGCAGUGUCCAAAUCCUGUUUUUACCAUCUACGAAAUAUUAGUCGAAUUCGUCCAUUCAUAACAGAAGAUGCUUGUAAGACUCUAGUUGUCGCUCUAGUUACAUCAAGACUUGAUUAUGGAAAUGCACUACUCUAUGGAAUUACAGAGACAAAUAUAUCACGGCUACAGAGAGUACAAAAUACGGCAGCAAGGAUUGUCACCCGAACUAGGAAGCAUGAUCAUAUCUCCGAAGUUCUGAUAUCUCUUCACUGGCUUCCAGUUAAAUUUAGAACAUAUUAUAAGAUCCUUUUAUACACUUUCAAAGUACUCCAGGGGACAUCACCAUCAUACCUAAAGGAACUCAUAACAGUCUAUCAACCGUCAAGAACUCUACGCUCGUAUGACUCCAAACAACUUGUGAAACCUCGUGUUCGCACGGAGACAUAUGGAACGCGUCGUUUUGACCAUGCAGCGGCAACUUUGUGGAAUGGUUUACCGGAUGCUCUCCGGUUCCAGACGUCACUUUUAGCUUUUAAACGAGAUCUUAAGACUCAUCUUUUUAAGAUAGCAUACGACGUGUAA